AUGGCCUUGACAGUCCGACAUCUCAAUGGCGAUGCUUCGUUUCUGCUCACCUUUGAGCCCCUAACACUCGAACCCAGUUUGAAUGGCGGGCCCUCCCAGAAGCCCUUCCAUAUCCUUCUGGAUCCAUGGAUCACGGGGCCGUCGACCUACGUCCAUUCCAGGAUAUCGAUAACCACCCACCAACACCCGCCCUGCAUAUCGUCACUGCUCGAGCUGCCAGAACCCGACCUGGUUAUUAUCUCGCAGAACAUGAGCGAUCAUUGCAACCAGGCCACAUUAAAGCAACUGCCUGCCACGGGGACCAAGACCAUCAUCCUCGCAGAACCGGCCGCAGCCCGCACGAUACGCAGCUGGAAGUACUUCGAUAGGGGAAAGGUCCGUACGAUACCGAAAUGGGAAGACCCUCGAGUCGCCAGCCGCCAGACUGUUGUGCGGAUGGCCAUCCCGUCCGCGCUCCCUGGUGAGCCGGGGGAGGUGACGGUGGCCUUUAUUCCCCAGCGAAGAGACCUCUCGGGGCUCCACAGUGCGGUCGGCAUCACGUACCGGCCGCCCUCGGCGGUGCUGUCGUCGCAUCUCCGUCAAUCUCGCGCGCCAAGCACUACGUUAUUCACGCCCCCGGCGACCCCUAAGUCCCGUCGAUCCAUGGGCCAUCUACGGACCGCCUCCUCGGACCGGAGGGCGGCGGCGGCAGCAGCGGUGGUAGUAGCACCACCACUACCACCACCACCAGUGCCAAGUCAACCCCCGACGGCCGUGACAAACUUCACGCUGCCGACCCCACCGACCUCUCCCGGUCAAGAGUCCCUGCGUGUGCUCUUCUCGCCGCACGGCAUCGACUACGCGUCGCUACAGAGCUACGUGACGAGCCACCUGAUCUCCGAGGCAGCGCUGCCACUGACGGCGCUGCUGCACUGCUUCGACUCCAUCGACAACCCAUGGUGGCUGGGUGGCAACAUCCUGCUCGGGGCGCCGGCCGGCGCAGAGACGGCCAGCCGCCUCGGCGCGCGCGCCUGGGUCUCCGCCCACGACGGCGACAAGCUCGUCAGUGGCAUCGCCACGGGCUUCCUGCGCACUAGGAAACGCCGCCGCGAGGACGUGCUAGCCCAGCUGCGCGCGUCCGAGGCGCUGAAGAGAGCUACUGUGUUAGCCAGGACGGCGACCCCAAAAGGUGGGGGCGCAGCCACUGAAGUCAUAGCCCUGGACACGGGCGAGGAGGUCGUCGUAACCAACGAGGCGGUCUGGGGGGUGGAUGCCUGGGGAAAACAGGCUGCGGAUAUGGGCGACAGGCCAAGCAGCAGCCAGCAGCAACAGUACCAGGCGCCCCUUUCAGGAGCACAGGGGCUGGCGGUUGUUGCUGCUGCGCGGAGCCUCCCGCCGACUCUGCCGCCGCUGUCGCGGGACAACGGCCAGAGCUUUGCCAUCUUGGAGGAGGUCAUGGCUAGACCCUCCGUGCUGAGCUAA